GGACAGCAAAAGAGAGAAAACAAAAGCAGAUUCCUCUUGUAAAGUGGACAGACUAUGCUACUGGUGAUUGGCCUAAAUUGCCUGGUUGGACUGUGGGUCAUGGUGAUCCUGCUUGGUGUACUUUCCAGGUAUAUGUUUUUAACUAAGAGGCAGGCAGAGAACAGAAAUAGAGAUGAUGAAGAGGAGGAUGUUUUUGGAGACUUCUGGGAGUCCCAUCCUGGGGGUACACAGCUGAUCUACAAACCCUCUGCUCUUGCUAACUGGUUGCUGAGAGAUCUUCAACGUCAGUCAUUGCUACAAUCAACGGAUUGGUGGAUGAGGAAAUGGCCUCAUAUUCAGACAAUUAUUCAGAACUUGCUCCCGGCUGACAAGAUAUUGGAGUUGGCCCGGGAUCAUCUGCAGCUGGCUGAUGGUGGAAUAGUUGCCUUGGACUGGGUAGUUGGACCAAGAGGUAUUUCAGGAACUAGAAGAGGCACCAAUACAGCCGGAAGCCCACCGUUGCUCUUUAUCAUUCCAAACCCAUUUGGAAAGUUGACAAAAAACACUGAGCAAUUUUGCCUUCGGGCAUUAGAAAAAGGCUUUUACCCAGUAAUUUUUAAUAGGAGAGGGCAGAAUGGCUGCCCCUUGGUUACAGUGAAGCUCCAAGCUUUUGGGGAGCCAGCAGAUCUGAAAGAGGCUGUGAGUUAUGUACGUUUUAGGCACCCAUCCUCCUUGUUGUUUCUGAUCAGUGAAGGGUUAGGAUCAGGACUUCUGCUUUCCUACCUGGGGGAAUGUGGUUCCUCCAGCUACAUCACAGCGGCCUCAUGCAUUUCUCCAGUCUUUCGUUGCCAGGAAUGGUUUGAGACUGGGCUACCAUGGCUGUACGACUGCCUCCUGCUUCUCUAUCAGAAAUUCCAUCUCAGUAGUCAAAGCCAGGGAUCCCGUGUGGUGGCGACAUUGAUGGCAGACGCAGGUGGAUGAGUUGUUGAGAGGUGCAGCUUGCCAUAGAGGG